CCCCUGAGGGGAGCGGCGGCGGUGCGCGGUUCGCCCGCCUCCCCGGGCCCGCUUCGGUCCUCGCCGCUCGUUUUUUUGUUUGUUUGUUUGUUUUUUUUCCUUCCGGCUGCAGAACGUGCAGAGCUCUCCCGGUCCUUCUCGUUCUCCUUCAGGAGCCGCCGUCCACCCCCGUAACCGCGGACCCGGGCGGGCGCGAGCGGCGCCGCCGCAUCUCCUCAGCGAGGGCCGCGCUCAGCCCGCUGCCUCACGCCCAGACCUGGUUACUGGAAGCAUCCUGCAUGGUCUAGCAGUACAUUGAGACGGCCUUAUUUUCUAUGAAAUGAAGUUUUAUUUUGAGACACUUCAGUAGGGAACUGCAAGUGAUUUGACACCAUGGUAGCCCUAUCGUUGAAGAUCUGUGUCCGCCAAUGCAAUGUUGUGAAGACGAUGCAGUUUGAACCAUCCACUGCAGUGUACGAUGCCUGCAGAGUUAUUCGUGAGCGAGUGCCGGAGGCUCAAAUGGGACAAGCCUCUGACUAUGGAUUGUUCUUGUCGGAUGAAGAUCCUCGUAAAGGUAUAUGGCUGGAAGCUGGAAGAACACUGGAUUAUUACAUGCUGAGAAAUGGGGAUGUACUGGAGUACAAAAAGAAACAGAGACCUCAGAAAAUACGUAUGUUGGAUGGUUCAGUGAAAACAGUCAUGGUGGAUGAUUCCAAAACUGUUGGUGAAUUGCUUGUUACCAUUUGCAGCAGGAUAGGAAUAACAAAUUAUGAGGAAUAUUCCUUAAUCCAGGAGAGCAUUGAAGAAAAGAAAGAAGAGAGUACAGGGACUCUUAAGAAAGAUAGGACGUUGUUGCGUGAUGAAAGAAAAAUGGAAAAAUUGAAGGCAAAGCUUCAUACAGAUGAUGAUUUAAAUUGGCUAGAUCAUAGCCGGACGUUUAGAGAGCAAGGAGUCGAUGAAAAUGAAACACUACUGUUGAGACGGAAGUUCUUUUAUUCAGACCAGAACGUAGAUUCAAGAGAUCCUGUUCAACUGAAUUUGCUUUAUGUUCAGGCUCGUGAUGACAUUCUGAAUGGUUCCCAUCCUGUCUCCUUUGAGAAGGCCUGUGAGUUUGGAGGCUUUCAAGCACAGAUCCAGUUUGGACCUCAUGUAGAGCACAAACACAAACCUGGAUUUUUAGACCUAAAAGAAUUCCUUCCUAAAGAAUAUACGAAACAAAGAGGGGCUGAAAAAAGAAUAUUUCAGGAACACAAAAACUGUGGUGAGAUGACAGAAAUAGAAGCCAAAGUGAAGUAUGUGAAGCUAGCUCGUUCCCUACGGACCUAUGGAGUGUCCUUUUUUCUUGUUAAGGAAAAAAUGAAAGGUAAAAACAAGCUGGUUCCUCGUUUGCUGGGUGUCACUAAAGACUCAGUGAUGCGUGUCGAUGAGAAGACCAAAGAAGUGUUGCAGGAAUGGCCACUGACAACUGUGAAACGCUGGGCUGCCUCACCUAAAAGCUUUACUCUGGAUUUUGGUGAAUAUCAGGAAAGCUAUUACUCAGUACAGACCACUGAAGGGGAGCAGAUCUCUCAGUUAAUUGCAGGUUAUAUUGAUAUCAUCCUGAAGAAGAAACAAAGUAAAGAUAGAUUUGGUCUUGAAGGUGAUGAGGAAUCAACGAUGUUGGAAGAAUCUGUUUCACCAAAGAAGUCCACCAUCUUACAGCAACAGUUCAACCGAACAGGGAAGGUAGAGCAUGGCUCUGUGGCAUUACCAGCUGUUAUGCGUUCAGGGUCCAGCGGCCCAGAAACUUUUAAUGUCGGCAUCAUGCCUUCUCCCCAGCAGCAGGUCACGAUUGGUCAGAUGCACAGAGGACAUAUGCCCCCACUUACUUCAGCUCAGCAGGCUUUGAUGGGGACUAUUAAUACCAGCAUGCAUGCUGUUCAACAAGCUCAAGCUGACCUCAGUGAGGUUGAUAACCUACCACCUCUAGGGCAGGACAUGGCAUCAAGAGUAUGGGUUCAGAACAAGGUUGAUGAAUCAAAACAUGAAAUACACUCUCAGGUUGAUGCUAUCACUGCAGGAACUGCAUCUGUUGUUAACCUUACAGCAGGUGACCCUGUUGACACUGACUACACUGCUGUGGGAUGUGCAAUUACAACCAUCUCUUCCAACCUCACCGAGAUGUCUAAAGGUGUGAAACUGCUUGCUGCUCUCAUGGAUGAUGAAGUUGGAAGUGGAGAGGACCUCCUAAAAGCUGCUCGAACAUUGGCCAUUGCUGUCUCAGACUUGCUGAAGGCUGUUCAACCUACUUCAGGAGAGCCUCGACAGACAGUUUUGACUGCAGCUGGAAGCAUUGGGCAAGCCAGUGGAGAGCUACUGAGACAGAUUGGAGAGAAUGAAACAGAUGAAAGGUUCCAGGAUGUUCUGAUGAGUCUGGCCAAAGCCGUUGCAAAUGCUGCUGCUAUGUUAGUGUUGAAGGCCAAGAACGUAGCACAGGUUGCUGAAGAUACAGUCCUGCAGAACAGAGUGAUUGCUGCUGCUACACAGUGUGCGCUCUCUACUUCCCAGCUUGUGGCUUGUGCCAAGGUUGUGAGUCCCACCAUCAGCUCUCCAGUGUGCCAGGAACAGCUGAUCGAGGCAGGAAAACUGGUGGACCGUUCAGUGGAGAACUGUGUGAGGGCCUGCCAGGCUGCCACAGAUGACACUGAGUUACUGAAGCAGGUCAGUGCAGCUGCCAGCAUUGUCAGCCAAGCCCUGAAUGACCUCUUGCAGCAUGUCCGCCAGUUUGCAAGCAGGGGAGAGCCUAUUGGACGCUAUGAUCAGGCCACAGAUACCAUCAUGUGUGUCACGGAGAGUAUUUUCAGUUCGAUGGGGGAUGCUGGUGAAAUGGUACGGCAGGCCAGGGUGUUGGCUCAAGCAACUUCAGAUCUCGUCAAUGCAAUGAGGUCAGAUGCUGAAGCAGAAAUUGACAUGGAAAACUCAAAGAAGCUCCUAGCAGCUGCAAAGCUCCUUGCCGAUUCUACAGCCCGCAUGGUUGAAGCUGCAAAGGGAGCUGCAGCCAAUCCUGAAAACGAGGAUCAACAGCAGCGUCUGCGAGAAGCAGCUGAGGGACUGCGGGUUGCUACAAAUGCUGCUGCACAGAAUGCCAUCAAGAAGAAGAUUGUCAACAGAUUAGAGAUUGCAGCUAAACAAGCUGCAGCUGCUGCUACUCAGACUAUUGCAGCUUCUCAGAAUGCAGCUGUUUCAAAUAAGAACACUGCAGCCCAUCAGCAACUUGUGCAGAGCUGUAAGAAUGUUGCAGACCACAUUCCUCAGUUGGUGCAAGGCGUGAGAGGAAGUCAGGCUCAGGCAGAAGACCUCAGUGCGCAGCUUGCUCUGAUAAACUCCAGCCAGAACUUCCUCCAGCCUGGAAGUAAAAUGGUGGCAUCUGCUAAAGCUGCAGUACCUACUGUGACUGAUCAAGCAGCAGCCAUGCAGCUAAGUCAGUGUGCGAAGAACCUUGCCACCAGCUUAGCUGAGCUACGGACUGCCUCCCAGAAGGCUCACGAAGCAUGUGGCCCAAUGGAAAUUGAUUCUGCUUUAAAUACGGUCCAGACCCUCAAAAGUGAACUGCAAGAUGCAAAGAUGGCAGCUGUGGAUGGACAGUUAAAACCUCUUCCAGGAGAAACGCUUGAGAAAUGUGCCCAGGAUCUGGGAAGCACAUCCAAAGCAGUUGGUUCAUCGAUGGCCCAGUUACUAACUUGUGCCGCUCAAGGCAACGAGCACUACACAGGAGUUGCUGCCAGAGAAACUGCUCAGGCUUUGAAGACGUUGGCUCAGGCAGCACGAGGGGUUGCAGCAUCAACUACUGACCCUGUAGCAGCACAUGCAAUGUUGGAUUCAGCAAGGGAUGUCAUGGAAGGCUCUGCUAUGCUUAUUCAGGAGGCAAAGCAGGCCCUGGCUGCACCAGGAGAUGCAGACAGUCAGCAGAGAUUAGCCCAGGUGGCAAAAGCAGUGUCUCACUCAUUGAAUAACUGUGUGAAUUGUCUACCUGGACAAAAGGAUGUGGAUGUGGCUUUGAAGAGUAUUGGGGAGUCUAGCAAGAAGCUCCUUGUUGAUUUGCUUCCUCCAAGUUCUAAGUCAUUUCAAGAAGCUCAGAGUGAGCUGAACCAGGCAGCAGCAGAUUUGAAUCAGUCAGCAGGAGAAGUUGUCCAUGCUACACGGGGCCAAAGUGGAGAACUAGCUGCAGCAUCUGGAAAAUUCAGUGAUGAUUUUGAUGAAUUUCUUGAUGCUGGUAUUGAAAUGGCUGGCCAAGCUCAAACGAAAGAAGACCAGAUUCAAGUAAUAGGUAACCUCAAGAGCAUCUCUAUGGCUUCCAGCAAGCUUUUACUGGCUGCCAAGUCUCUGUCUGUUGAUCCUGGAGCUCCUAAUGCCAAGAACCUAUUAGCAGCAGCAGCAAGAGCUGUGACUGAGAGCAUAAACCAGCUCAUCACACUGUGCACCCAGCAGGCUCCCGGGCAGAAGGAAUGUGACAAUGCACUCAGAGAACUGGAGACAGUUAAGGGAAUGCUGGAUAACCCCAAUGAGCCUGUGAGCGACCUCUCAUAUUUUGAUUGUAUUGAGGGCGUAAUGGAAAACUCAAAGGCUCUUGGAGAAUCUAUGGCAGGGAUUUCCCAGAAUGCAAAAACCGGGGAUCUUUUAGUCUUUGGAGAAUGUGUUGGAGUUGCGUCCAAGGCUCUUUGUGGCCUCACAGAGGCGGCAGCUCAGGCUGCUUACCUGGUUGGCAUUUCAGAUCCCAACAGUCAGGCAGGUCAGCAGGGACUUGUUGACCCAAUUCAAUUUGCCAGAGCCAACCAAGCAAUCCAGAUGGCUUGCCAGAAUUUGGUAGAUCCAGCAAGCAGCCCAUCACAGGUAUUGUCAGCUGCCACAAUUGUGGCCAAACAUACUUCUGCUCUGUGCAACGCUUGUCGCAUUGCUUCGUCAAAGACAGCAAAUCCUGUUGCCAAGAGACACUUUGUGCAGUCUGCCAAGGAAGUUGCAAACAGCACCGCUAACCUGGUUAAGACUAUCAAGGCCCUGGAUGGUGAUUUCUCUGAAGAGAACCGCAACAAGUGCAGAAUUGCUACCGCACCGUUGAUAGAGGCUGUGGAAAACCUGACAGCAUUUGCUUCAAAUCCAGAAUUUGUCAGCAUCCCAGCACAGAUCAGCACUGAGGGAUCACGAGCACAGGAGCCAAUUCUCGUUUCUGCUAAAACGAUGUUGGAGAGCUCAUCUUUAUUGAUCAAAACAGCUCGUUCUCUGGCAAUCAAUCCAAAAGACCCUCCUACGUGGUCAGUGCUAGCUGGGCAUUCCCAUACUGUCUCAGAUUCUAUUAAGAGUCUUAUCACCUCUAUCAGGGAUAAGGCCCCAGGCCAGAGGGAAUGUGAUUACUCUAUUGAUGGGAUCAACAGAUGCAUCAGAGACAUUGAGCAGGCCUCACUUGCAGCCGUCAGUCAGAGUCUGGCCACCAGAGAUGACAUCUCAGUUGAGGCUCUACAGGAGCAGCUGACAUCAGUUGUUCAGGAAAUUGGCCACCUUAUUGAUCCGAUAGCAACCGCAGCUCGGGGAGAGGCAGCUCAGCUUGGGCACAAGGUUACACAGCUGGCAAGUUACUUUGAACCCUUGGUGUUAGCUGCAGUUGGUGUAGCAUCCAAAACUCUGGAUCAUCAGCAACAAAUGACAGUGUUGGACCAGAGCAAGACAUUAGCAGAGUCUGCCUUACAGAUGUUGUACGCAGCCAAAGAAGGAGGAGGAAAUCCCAAGGCAUCGCAUACUCAUGAUGCAAUUACUGAGGCAGCUCAACUGAUGAAAGAGGCUGUGGAUGAUAUCAUGGUUACCUUAAAUGAAGCUGCUAGCGAAGUAGGCAUGGUUGGAGGUAUGGUAGAUUCGAUAACAGAGGCAAUGAGCAAGCUGGAUGAAAGUACACCUGCAGAUCCCAAGGGAACAUUUGUUGAUUAUCAGACCACUGUGGUGAAAUACUCUAAAGCCGUUGCCAUUACAGCACAGGAAAUGAUGACUAAGUCGGUUACUAACCCGGAAGAGUUGGGAGGACUUGCAUCACAAAUGACCAAUGACUAUGGGCAUUUGGCUCUCCAGGGCCGAAUGGCUGCAGCUACCGCUGAACCAGAGGAGAUAGGGUUCCAGAUCAAGACUCGGGUGCAAGAACUUGGUCAUGGCUGUAUCUUUCUUGUGCAAAAAGCUGGAGCUCUCCAGAUUUGCCCAACAGACAGUUACACCAAAAGGGAACUGAUAGAAUGUGCUCGUGCUGUGACUGAAAAGGUCUCCUUAGUUUUAUCUGCCCUUCAAGCAGGAAACAAAGGCACACAAGCUUGUAUUACUGCAGCCAGUGCUGUGUCUGGGAUAAUUGCAGAUCUAGACACAACUAUCAUGUUUGCUACUGCUGGAACCCUUAAUGCUGAAAACAACGAAUCAUUUGCAGACCACAGGGAAAAUAUCCUGAAAACAGCAAAAGCCUUAGUUGAAGAUACGAAAUUGUUGGUUUCCGGUGCUGCUUCAAGUCAGGACAAGCUGGCUCAAGCGGCUCAGUCAUCAGCUAACACCAUCACCCAACUUGCUGAGGUAGUAAAACUGGGAGCAGCUAGCUUGGGAUCAGAUGAUCCUGAAACACAGGUUGUCCUGAUCAAUGCUAUCAAGGAUGUUGCAAAGGCCCUUUCUGACCUUAUUGGUGCUACAAAAGGUGCUGCCAGCAAGCCAGCAGAUGACCCAUCCAUGUACCAGCUGAAGGGGGCUGCCAAGGUGAUGGUAACAAAUGUCACAUCACUUUUGAAGACUGUUAAAGCAGUAGAAGAUGAAGCAACUCGAGGGACAAGAGCUCUUGAGGCCACAAUUGAGUACAUCAAACAGGAACUCACGGUGUUUCAGUCAAAUGAGGUUCCAGAAAAGACAUCAUCACCUGAAGAAUCAAUCCGGAUGACGAAAGGAAUCACCAUGGCAACAGCCAAAGCUGUGGCAGCUGGGAACUCAUGCAGACAGGAGGAUGUGAUUGCUACAGCAAAUCUGAGCCGCAAAGCAGUAGCUGACAUGCUAACAGCUUGUAAGCAAGCAUCAUAUCACCAGGAGGUGAGUGAAGAAGUUCGAGAGAGAGCCCUGCGCUUUGGAACAGAAUGUACGCUGGGAUACCUGGAACUUCUGGAACAUGUCCUCCUGAUCCUUCAAAAACCAACUCCAGAGCUAAAGCAUCAGUUGGCUGCUUUCUCCAAGAGGGUUGCCAGUGCUGUUACAGAGCUUAUUCAGUCAGCAGAAGCUAUGAAGGGGACAGAGUGGGUGGAUCCAGAAGACCCAACAGUCAUUGCAGAGACAGAGCUACUGGGGGCUGCAGCAUCAAUUGAGGCUGCAGCAAAGAAGUUAGAGCAGCUGAAACCCAGAGCCAAGCCAAAGCAAGCAGAUGAGACUCUGGAUUUUGAAGAACAGAUCCUGGAAGCAGCUAAAUCAAUUGCAGCUGCUACCAGCGCCCUUGUGAAGUCAGCUUCAGCAGCACAGAGAGAACUGGUGGCACAGGGAAAGGUUGGAGCAAUCCCUGCAAAUGCAGCUGAUGAUGGACAGUGGUCUCAGGGACUUAUUUCCGCUGCCCGAAUGGUGGCAGCUGCAACCAGCAAUCUUUGUGAAGCAGCUAAUGCUUCAGUACAAGGCCACGCUAGUGAGGAGAAGCUCAUCUCAUCUGCAAAACAAGUCGCAGCUUCCACAGCACAAUUGCUCGUGGCUUGCAAAGUGAAGGCUGAUCAUGAUUCUGAAGCCAUGAGGAGGCUACAGGCUGCAGGAAAUGCUGUCAAGCGAGCAUCAGACAAUCUUGUCAGGGCAGCUCAAAAAGCUGCAUUUGGAAAAGCAGAAGAUGAUGACGUUGUAGUCAAAACGAAGUUUGUGGGUGGCAUUGCUCAGAUCAUUGCGGCCCAAGAAGAAAUGCUGAAGAAGGAAAGAGAGCUGGAAGAGGCAAGGAAAAAACUAGCUCAGAUCCGCCAACAGCAAUACAAAUUUCUCCCCACAGAGCUGAGAGAAGAUGAGGGUUAGCCUGCUGAGAUUUUCUUCUUGCCUUUUUUCCUUUAUUCCUUUUUUUUUUUCAAUUUUCCUUUUAAAGAAAUAAGCUAAGGGGGGACAGUAUAGCAAGAACUGAUCUGACAACAUUCUGGUAUGUCAAGCACUUACCUAAAUAAACUGCCUAUCACAGCAUUGGAUGAACAGAGAGCAAUAACCACUUGUUCUUUGUCAUCUGGUCAGCUAGGGUGCAUUCUAUGAUGAUCAAAUAAUGGUACAGUAUUAAGUUCAUUCCUGUUCCUUCCUGGACUUACAUCUCAGGAGAGAAUCUUCCUCUUUUUACUGAAUAUUCUAAAUCAGUAUUAUUGUCACUUUCUUGAUGCUUGACACAUUUAUUGUUCCUUGACUUGAUAUAAAAUAUUCAUAAUAUUAGUAGGAAAACAGUCAAGAAAUCAUGCCUGUGAUAAAUAUCACAUGAGCUGGUGGCUCUCCCCCACCCACCCUUGUAAUAAGAAGACCAAGACAGAAAAGGAUGUAUGUCUGAGUGGGAAAGAUGCACAAGUGUGAUUUUGAAGAAAAUGCCUGGCCUGUCUGUUAUAUAACUGGUUCAUCCCAAAACUGGAGAAAUUCUCUGCAUCUGUUUGCACUAGUAUUAUUACUCCUUACCUGAUAGCAACAAGCUUCUGCUUGUACAGCAUUAUGGUUCACAAAAUGUGGCAAUAGCCAUUCUUUAAAGAGCGGAGAAAACAAAGAGAUGGAAACCUUGUCACUGCCUCAAUAAUAGCAGGUUCAUGAAGGAAAAUGCUGUUCCAAUUAUAUACCUCUAAUGUGUGACUACUUUUACAGUAUUAUACACACAUACACAUGCUCUCACAUUGGACUGAAUAGUUUAUGUUUUGUUUUCUAGUUUAAAUUAUCUGGUUUGUACUGUGGGAUUUCUGUUAGAAUGUAUCCUAGUUAAAAAAGGGAAAUACCCAGUACAACAGAAGAACUAUCACAACUCUUGGUAUUCUAAUAAUUUCAUUUGUAAUUGUUUUGUUUUGAAACCUGUGGGUAUUGUAGGAGAAAAGAAUAAGUGAUUUACAAGUAGACCUUUCUUGUAAUAUAAAUAAUAAAAUUUUGGACACUAGGGAGUUUAUUUUCAUACUUGGUAUUGAUGAAAAUGUACUCACCAAAGAAUUGCAGAGAAGGAAUAGCAGCAGUCUAAGCAGCUGCAGAAAGGUACUGUAUGUUCUCAAUAUCUCUGUUGUAACCUAAACAAUAGCAACAUGGGUAGAGUGAGUAAAAACAUUUUAUCCUGUCAGAGAAAGAACAAAACUACAGCAACUUUAAGUAACAAAAGCUGAACUAUUUGACUAACUACAGAACCACCAUUUUUCCUAACAGCAAUUUCCAACGUACCUCUGUUCAAGCCCUCUUUUAAAAAAAAAAAAAAAAAAGAAAGAAAAAAAGAAAAAGUCAAGCCUAUUUAGGUCAAAGGCGUUGCUGCUACAGUGCUUCUGAAGGCUGUGCUGUCAUUAGAUACCUGUUACAUACCUCCAACUGAGCCUAUUAUGUUAUAAGCAUACCCACCUAGUCAGUGUUGCAGAAAUACUUGUCUUGUAGACUCAGAAGUAACCCCUAGUGAUAUAUUUAUGGGUUUAGGUAGUGCUAACUCUUCAUUUAAGUUACUUGCAUGACAUAUAAUUACCAAGAAUUUUGUCACACUAGUGUUAAAUAUAUAGGAAUCAUGAUUACAGAAUUAAUAAGUAUUAGUGUGUAUGAAGAUUUUCUUUUUUGUCAGAGUCUCUUCUCUGGUACUGAAAUAUUUCAGAUUCAGUUGAAUUGUUGGAGAAUCUAUACUGAGAGGGGAAAAAAAAAAAAGGCAGAUCCCAGAUAGAACUGCUGGCAUUGACAGAUGUGCUGUGAAGUGCAGGCUUGUGUCCAUAUGCAAACCCUUACUAUCAGACACAGGCAAUUCUGAGUUCUGUGAUUUCCAAUUCUGCACAAUUUGUAUUUUUUUCUUUCAGCUGUUACGCAGUGAAUUCAGUGAGUAGUGUCACAGAAUCUUAGGUAGAAAGGUAAGCCAGUUUUAUUGUUCUAAGACCUAAAAAAAGACAGCUCCAGGUGACAGGGAUUUUCUGCUGCUGUUGGUAGGUCAAGCUUCUUUGCAGUUUAUGGCUCUUUCUCCUUUUUUAAAUCUAGGUAGCCUCACAUUCCCAUCUCUAUUUUUGGAUAGAUCUUCCAGACAGAUUUGUUACUGCUCCUCUUUCAAGCUAUGUUUGACCUAUUUAGUCUCAUCAAAGCAAGAAGAAAGAUGAUGCUGUUCUUAGUACCAUGACAGUAUUUUACUGUAGGUUUAUAUAAUAAUGUUGUAAUAUAUUUUGAUCAGAAUGGUAUUUGCCAGUUUGAAAAAAGCCAAAAGCCUGGUCAAGUGCAACUAUAUGCAGAAAUUGCAUAGCUAGGAUAUUUUAUCAUAAUGUAGAUGGGAAGAGCACGCUCUAAUUGUGUACCAGUUAAAGGUGUUUGGACAGUCCAUUUCAGCACAUUUAUUUUGAAGCCUCUCUGUUUCAGAUUUAAUACUCCCUCUUGUCUGACAGGAAAUAUUAUUCUUUUUUUCUCCUUAGCUAUGUGCUCCACAGAGGAAACACAGUCAGCUAAGUAGCUGAACUUGAACAACUCAAUAAGUGUUUUUUUACUGUGAACUUUGGGUCUUGAUCUGGGAAACAUUCAGAGAAUAUAAGCUUAUCUAAAAGCUUUCUAUUUCAAUUUAUUCUUGCUGUUAUAAUUUGCAGUACCACUGAAGUCCAGAUGUGCACAUCUGUGGAGUUUGGAACUUGUCCGUGCAUUUGUUUGGCAUGGAAACUUGCAGCAGGAAGUGACAAGUUGGGGUAAGGGAUGGAGGUUAGUUAAUAAGGAAAGCAGAUGUUUACUUUGUGCUGUUAACUUGUGAAAUGGUAAAUGGGCUCUGUUGUAUCUCACCCUUCUUCAUGUGGAUUUCACUUUAAGAAAUUGUAUGCAAAUUAAAAGCAAAAUGCCUCAAAGUUGUUUGUGUACGAACAGUCUAGUGUUGUUUUCCCUAAGUGUCCGAAAAAUAAUUUGAAUGGAACGUUUUAUGACACCUAAGCUUUUCCUUUUCUAUGUCAGAAGCUUCGAAAUAAGAAAAGAUUUAAAACAAAAA